AUGCGUAGCGCAAUAUCAACGAUUCGCCUAUCAUCAGCCGCAAAUCGAUUAUCGGUGAGCCGGACUCACGGCGCAAUCGCCAUUCCUCUUGAUAAUCGCCACGUACGGAUUUAUGAUUUGGCUGGAAAUCGACUACCUAGAGUUCCAAACAGACGGUGUCACUCACGUAUGGUUUCCUGCGCUGCUUGGGCCGAUGAUCAUCCCCACUGCAAUCUGCUCACGUGUGGAUUCGAUCGAGGUGUUGCAGGGUGGAAAGUCUUGCUGGCAAAGGACUAA